CUGCAUUGCGCGAUGCUCCUCAUUCACAUGCUCAUCAUGGAGGAAUAACAGGUACUUGCCUUGCAGAGAGGAGGACAGGCAUAUUCCCAUUCACAGCGACAUCUUGAAACGUGCUUUGAUCAUCCGCGAAUGUUUGUUGCAUUGUUGCAACAAAGCAGGCAGUCGCGAUGAAGCAUUUUCUACGGGUGCUGACCCAGUUCUUGGUGUUCCUUUACUGUAAGUGCUUAGGGCAGGGUCUAAAAUUUGUGAUACGGAAAUUGACAGGACGAUGUCAGCUUCAACGCAUCUGUUACAAUAACAAAGCUGGUGCUCGAAGGACGCUCAAGAUUGAAACCUCACUCAAACGUUCUAAACAUGAGCUUUUGCAGUCUGCCGUUAGUGUCCAUCCGGAUUCUGUGGAAAAGACCAUUGAUGAUAUAAUGUCACUGAAAAAGAUCAACCCAGACACAAACCCACAGCUUGGCAUCUCUCUCCAGGCUUGUCUGCUCCAGAUUGUGGGUUACCGAAACCUGGUUGUGGAAGUGGAGAAACUACGCAGAGAACCGUAUGAUAAUGAAAACCCAGCACACGAGGAGAUGCUCAUGCAGCUGUGGAAGGAACUGCGUCCUGAUUCUCCUCUCUCUGGACGCAUCUCAAAGCAAUGGUGUGAGAUUGGUUUCCAAGGAAACGACCCCAAGACUGAUUUCAGGGGCAUGGGUCUUCUGGGCUUACACAACCUACUGUAUUUUGCAGAGCAUGAUAAAGCCACUGCUCUCCAAGUUCUUCAUGACUCAUUGCAGCCCAAACACAGCGAGAUGAGCAAAGCGGAGUGGGAUAAGAAGAAAUUCGACAAAGCGAUUGGAUACUCUUUCGCUAUAGUUGGCAUCAACAUCACGGAUCUGGCAUAUUCCCUGCUGGUGAGCGGAGCGCUGAAGACUCAUCUGUACAACAUCGCGCCGGAGAUGCCAAGUCUGGUGCACUUUCAGCAGACCUUCUGUUAUCUGAUGCAGGAGUUCCACAAGUUCUGGAUCGAGGAGGAUCCAUGUGACAUCAUGGAGUUCAACCGCGUGCGCACCAAGUUCUACAAGCGCAUCCUGAAGCAGCUGAAGAACCCUGACAUGGCGCUGUGUCCUCAUUUCACUGCCUCCGACCUUCACCUGGUCAAUCUGUAGCUUCUCGUUUGAUUUACUAAUGUCUCACCUAUCACAAAUGCCAACUGCUCAGACAUUCUCACCUGUCCUUUUCACACUCUCACCAAUGUCUCCCUCUCACUGAACAUCACCAGCACUGCUGGACACUGUGUUGAUUGUAUGUGCGCUUUGCAGCUCAGUCAUCAGGCUUUUACUCUCAUAUUUAUAGAAACUGUAUGUUGCUGUUGUAAAUAAUGAAAUCUUAUUCAGGCACCUUUCAGCAUCUUUGAUAUCUGAAUGUGUAGUGGAAGGAGAUCUCUCUCAAGACAGGGCUCCCUAUCCACCAGUAGGUAGAGCUGUUGGCACAUAUAGACAAUGCUAAAGUAGGAGAAUGGCUUAAUCCACAACCACUGCAAUAGGUCGCACUGAUAGAUGAGUCAGAAACAGAUGACCUUUGUUUGUAUACAUCUUUUUGCAGCUCAGAACCAAUUCUGCCUACUAUACUUAGAGAGCGAGACGAUCAGUCAGAGUUUAUGUCCAACCACCCUUAUAUUCUUAAAUUUUCAUAUUCUCUAUAAAAGAGUUACAUACUGUAGAUUAUUACAUGUUGCCAAGAAGCAUAGCUUAACAUCAAAUAUUUACUUGCCAAAUAUGGUAGAAUAAUAUGUGUUUUAUGAUUGUUAUCAUGAUUGUUAAGGAAAAAAUUAUGUAUUAGUGUUGAUGUGAAACAUUGAAUGUUACAUAUUUUUGCACCAAAGCAAUAAGUGAAGUUUAAACCGUUAGUAGAACAGUCUUUUUUUUCUAGUAGUGCCUCAAUGUCUAUUCUGUUAUUAACACCACAAUCACUUCGCAUUUAAAUGUUCAAUUCUAAAACUUAGUGUCCAGUAUUUCAGGCUUUAGCUGGGCUAGGAUUUGCAUUUAUUUAAUGCAUGUUUUGUAUUUUCCUUCAAUGCUUUAUUUUAUUUGAUCUUUUCCUGUAAACAAUUCGGAUAGUCACAGGGUGUGGAGAAUGAUUAUGCUUAAGCCUGCAAAAAAAUGCUUUAUAGGAAUGUCACUUCAUUUCAAAAUAAUGUUGUUUUGUGCAAUGAAUGUCGAUGCUACAGACAGUGUUAACAGCUUUCUUUUAAAUGGUAUUAAACAUGAUUUUUAAUAUGUAAAGUAAAAAAGAGUUUGAUAGAUUUCUCAUUGUUGCACUUUUACAUGUGAGACAAAAGCACUUGCUGUACACAAUGCCUUAGAGCUUGAAAACAUCUAAACGUUAUUAAAGCGCAUCGUUAUGCAUGGCUGAAUUUU